ACCAAACAAAACCAAAGGAUGUGCCUCCUUGAGGAUUAUGCCGAAGUAUUUCCAGAGAAGAGAUUUGGGUUUUUUGUUUGUUUGUUUGUUUGUUUUGUUUUGUCGUGCUGUUUUGUUUUUCACCUUAAAAACAAGAAUUUCAUCCUAAAAUACGAAGGAAAAUAACUUGAAGAUUGUGCCAUGCAGCUAGAGUCUAAAUCUGACAAUAGCUUUCUAUUUGAUUUGGUUCACCCGGUUUACUUCACCAAGUGGUCUCAGGUGGCCUGUUUCAGGUGGAGGUGGGCUUGCCAAAGCCACAGUUGUCCUGGUUGGCCAAAGAGAUGUGAUCCCUGGCUACCUCCAGACUAGCCAAUUUACAGAGAUGGUAAAAAAUAUAUGAUUUGGUUCUUUUUAAGUUUUCCUUUUCUCUCUCUCUCUCCCACAAAUGCUGUUUUCUGUAAGUCAUUUUAUUUUCUUUAGGGAAGGGGAUCUUACUCUCUCAAGUGCUAUGUGAUGCCCUUGCCUAAAAAGUCUUCCCAUUAACUGAGUUGGCCUGAAGGUCAUAAGCCAUAAUCAAUACAAGGAGGGCUGGUUGCUGCAAGGUGCUAAUUGACAUCCCCUAAGAGGAACAGUGUCAACAAUCAAUAAAGGAGACACGGCAUAGGUAGAUUUAUGGCUUUGAUUUUGAAAGGGUGCAGGAAUACCCAGUGAUGCUCUUCCCUGCACUGCUUUUGAAUGUUAAUGUUUUCUUGAGGAUGAUUUCAGACUCACUGCGAGGAUACUGCCUCUACUCACUGAAGCAGAAUCCUCUGAAGAGUUGCUGAGGCAGAACUGAAAUCAUGGCUUUGCCUCCAAGAAGCAGCUGUAGUGGCCGUUAACGAUGCCUCGCGCGGGAGGAAGAUGCCCCUUUAACUCGGGGGUUUUAAUGGGAAGUUUCUGAGCCUGAGACAACAGCUUUGGAGCUGGGGUGUGCCAUCGGCGGCUGCUCCUCGCAGCUACCUCUGUCUCCUGCUUGAACUCAGCCGGGCUGGGAAGAAUGGAAUGGAGACAGGCUUCUAACUACCUGUAACUGCUUCACCAGGAGAUGGAUCAAGCAGUUUGCCCAGCCAGAUCCAGGAGGUGAUGGACAGUACACUCGCCUGGGAGGUUCACAUACCUGGAGUAGACGAGUGUGUCAGAGAGAGGCAUGUGGGAGAAACUUCAACUCUGUGAGGAAGAAUGUGCCUGAGACUUUAGCACAAAAAGGAGAGAUUGGGUUACCUCAGGUUAUGUGUUACCCGAGUCCUUGCAAAUCAUGGUCCUGUUUCAGCUGUCUGUUCUUGGGCUAUUGCAGAAUAUUGCAACACUUUAGCAUACACCAUUGGACCUGGCAGAGAGAAGACACAGAUGCUCCAAAUGAUGAGGAAAGCCCACCAGACACUGUUAUAACACAGCCUCUCCAGGGAGCAGCCACCAUGAUCUCUGCAAACUGAUGAUGGAAGAGAGGGGAACCGGGAAAUUCUGUGCUCUGGAGUCUCUGAAUGAUGGAUGGAGGACAGCCCAUCCCUUCACCCCUGGUACCCUUUGGGAACGCAUCAGAUUCUAGCAUGUCUCUGGAACAGAAAACAACAUUUGUUUUUGUGAUUUUGUUGUUUAUCUUUUUGGGCAUCCUCAUCGUCAGGUGCUUCCGGAUUCUUCUAGACCCAUAUCGGAGCAUGCCAACCUCAACCUGGGCUGAUGGUCUUGAAGGCCUAGAGAAAGGGCAGUUUGAUCAUGCCCUUGCUUAGCAGGGACAGAGUAGGCUGCCCUCCUAAGGAGGCAAAGUGCUUUAGGUCUGAGCGAAGCUUCCUUUUCAUUAAUGUUCUCAACAAAUCAAAUUUUAACCAUCUCUGGUCCUAAGGCAAUGAUCCAUUAUUUCAUAGCCAUGCUAUUGUGUCUCAUUUGAGGAUAAUGAAAAGUUUACAUUACCGACCACCAAGUAGGAAGGAACAGACAUUUGUGUUUACUCAAUGAACGAUUGUUGUUGAAGAUGUGAUUGGAAAACCAAGAGCACCGAAACUAGACUUUGCCAUCAACCGAAGCAAUCUGUGAUCAGAACAGAGAACAAACAAUAAUAGAAACUCUGAUCGGAGUCAGGAUCAAGCAGAGAAGAGAUCACCUUGCUCAAAUCCCGUGUCU